AUGGAGGGAGAAGGCCCGGUCAGUGAGAUGCUGCUGAACGACUUCCUUCGGGAGUACGUUGGCGGCAACAGCGCCGUGGACGAAGACGACAAUGUUCCGAUGGGGAUGUUUGCUCUGAGGCCAGACGAGUACGUCACGGACACGGAGCUCCGCGAGAGCAUUGUCAGGUUGCCCGCGUGUCAGACGUACGCUCUCCGUGAAGAUUUGCGCAGGCUUCUGGAGAAAGGGGUGGUCACGCUCCGGGACUGGAGGAAAGCUGCAUCGUGGUUUCGCAUCUUCUCUAGCGCGGCGUCAGAAAAACUCAGAGCAGCCCUUGAGGUGGCGAAGGCAGAAGCGGCAGGGCGGGAAGAAAACGAAAGGGCAAAGCGGAAGGAGGAAAGUUACAGACGACCGAUACCGGAGGGUUUCUACGACUCGGUGUUCAACGCCAAAUUGAGCCACGUCGUGGGGUAUCCCGAGGGCGCGGGGGAAGAAGCGGCGGUGCGAAUGGAGGUGAAGGAGGGCCAAGCGCCAAAAAGGACGUGGAAGCUCACUUGUUACAGAAACCAUGUACUGCGUAGUGACGAGUUAGACCAGUUCCGUCCACCGCGCCCCACGCUGAUGGUACUCACCUCCGAGAAGGGCUGGCCGCACUCGCUGCGGGAGGGAACAGUCACCACUGACUGCUACGUCACCGCCGAGGCGGAGCGGGUGUGGCAGAUCGUCAAGGACAACAUGUACUAUAUGUUCUACGGUGGCGAUGGCGGGUUGCCUGAAGUGCAACCAUACUUCGUGCUUGGGACGUACGGGGUCGGGCGGUGGGCGAAUGCCGGCUCCUACCUCCUCUACCGGCUGCUGCACUACGAUAACCACCCAAUUCGUUAUGUUGUCUACUGCUUUGGAAGAGAAUUGGUGUACGUGUUUGACAAGGAAGAGAAGACGGUGGAGAAAUACGAGGGUACGGAGGAUGACGAAGAAGCUAUGAAGAAGUUUUAUUGGUAUUCUGGCGAGAGAGGGUUUUUUAUCUACGACGUGGCGGAGGAAGGGGGGCCGCCGUCAAGUUUUUAUUGUUAUAGGCAUGGGGUGGUUGUGUUGGCCUCCCCGAACGGCAACAACUUCAGGGAAUGGGUGGGGGGAGCGGACUACCAUCACCGCGUCAUGAGCUGCCCCAGCGAGAACGAGGUGAAGGCGAUGUGUGCCUGGAUGACGCGGGGCCGCCCCGCGCAGGAGCAAGUGGACUACUGGGAGACGGUCAAACAGCGCAUGCGGUUUGUCGGGCCGAUUCCGCGCUACAUCCUCACUGAGGCUGAGUUCAAUGAGCACACGGCGGCGGUUGAGAGCGCCCUGCAGGCGAUUGACGCCUCGGUUGCCAAGGACUACUUUGCCCGGGCAGAUGAAGAAGUGUGGAGUCCAGAGAAUCCGUUUCAUAAAAUUGUGAAAAUUGAGCGGGAAUUUCGCGCACGCUGUUAUGACGUUAUUCGUAUCGCACCGGCGUGUGACUACAUCGAGCAAAAGCUACUGGACCGUUUGUGUGAGGUACUGACCCUCAGAGAGGCUGUCACGCUACUGUCGGGUGCCUCCCACCUUCCUUGA